AUGCCCGGGCUCCUCGGGCCAGGCCAGCUCCUGGCACUGAUGGUUCUGGUCCUGCAGCCCACGGGGACUCAGGAGGCUCAGUGUCCCAUCCCUUCCAUUGCAAACGGGCAGCUGAGCUCUGCAGAGAACUUCACCCACGGCAGCACCGCCACACUGCAGUGCGACCCCGGCUUCGUGCCCACCGCCAGCACGGCGCGCUGCACGCCCAGCGGCCGGUGGUACCCACGGGUGCCCUCCUGUGUCCCAGGGCAGUGUCGCCACCCUCCCUCUGUGGAGUUCGCCGACUUCCAGCACCGGCGCGAGUUCCUGGUUGGGAGCACGCUGUCCUACUCCUGCAGAGCCGGCUUCUCCCUGAUCCCCGGAGUGUCCCCAACCACCACCUGCCUCCAGAACUUCACGUGGUCCCCGGUGCCGAGGCUGUGCCAGAAGGUGCAGUGCUCCAGCCCGGUCAUCCUCCACGGGACAGAGGCCAGCCCCAGGAGAGCCGAGUACACCUUUGGGCAGCAGGUGGAGUUCCAGUGUGAGCACGGCUACAUGCUCCGGGGCAGCGACAGGGUCCAGUGCUCCUCUGAUGGGAUGUGGAGACCCCCCGUGCCCUACUGUGACAGGGUCUGUGGCCCCCCUCCCAAAAUCACCAACGGGCAGCACUCUGGCAUGGGGCUUACAAAGUUCCCCUACGGCUCUGAAGUGAAGUACAGCUGUGCAGAGGGGCUGUCCCUCAUCGGGGACGAGUCCCUGCACUGCACCUCCGAGGAUGGGGAGAACAUGACCUGGAGCGGGCCUGCCCCGGAGUGCAGGGUGGUUCGGUGCCCCAGGCCCGUGGUGGAGAGGGGAAGGAUGACCCCACAGACCUUCACCUUUCCCUACGGGCUGCUCCUGCACUUCUCCUGUGACCAAGGCUUCAGGCUGCAUGGCGCUGCCCAGAGCCAGUGCCUGGCUGAUGGCGCCUGGCACCCACCCCUGCCCACCUGCCAGCCAGUUCAUUGUCCCAAACCCCUGUAG